AUGCCCAACGUAUUUGAAGUCUAUAGCUUUCCAGAAAUGAAAACAUAUAGUAAUAAUAAACGACUUCCUGACACCAUUCAUGUCAAGCUUAGCAAGGUUGAUUUGUAUAAAGUUUCAAAGAAAAAUAUGAUAGAGCCAUCUCAGCCUGCUAUACUAUCUGAUAAAAAUCAGGACGCAUUAAUCGACAGCCAAGAUGUCGACUUGAUAGUCUUUGAUGAUGACAUUGCAAGUAAUAGAAAUAGCAAUAAUAUGAUAAACACAUCGAGUCAGCCGAUGAGCCUCAUUGAUACCUUAUUGUGCGAUCCAAAUUUUGGCGCAUUUCCAACACCUACUCAAAGCGAGGAGUCGCCUAAACUUUGGACGAAAGACGAGAUCGAACGAAUUUCCUCUUACAAUAGCGAUCAUUCUUAUCAAGACCAAAGUGAAGACCUCAUUCACACACAUGAGAACCACGAGACUCGAGUGAAUAAGAUUGACCAGCCGAAUUCCAAGAUCAUCAAACCAGUUAAACAUAAGCCAAAGGUCAAAUCGAAAAGGCAAGUUUACUCUUUCGCCGAAUUGAUUUUCUACAGGCACUCUCCGAUUACCAAGGGAAUUAAAUGUGUCUUCAGUCAAGACGCUGCAAAAUACAAUUUAUUGAUUAAGAAGGCUUACAUUGCUCCGGCUUUGAGAAAAUUCGAUGAACAAACAUCAUUUAAUUUAUCUUUUUUCAAUGAAUUUAUGGAGGCGCAGAACCGAUGGGUAGCCUUGAUGAUGGGAAGAAGUCUAAUAAAAAAAGCUCGAGAUCAGUUGAUAGAUUGCAAGAAUUUCUAUGACAUCAUUUCUGUUCAUUAUCACAGCAAAGUUGAACAUGAAGACGAAUGUGGCUCUAGACUUAUUGUGGAUAUUAGUUGUUGUGACAAAGAGUGUGACGACUUUCAAGAUGAUUCAUUCGGGCGUCCGCAAAAAAUGGCGCGUUUUCGAGAUAAUUCGUGGUAA